AUGUCUUCGUACUCUGGAGAUGAUAAUCCCUCUGGCCAAACUCGCCCCGCGGCCGCCGCGUGUGAGGCGUGUCGGAAACUGAAGAUGAGAUGCAUCCGACCACAAAGAGAGCAGCAUGGUGGUAGCUUGACAGAGCCAUGCCAGCGAUGUAAGCGCACCAGCCGCGAGUGCAAUAUCCCAGAGCCAAGAAAGCUGGGGAGAAAGCGCGGUGCGACAGGUCGCUAUCAAGGAAUUGAAAAGGCCUAUCGGAAAAUGCAGCUGGAAUUAAAGAAGGCGAAAACGUCUCAUGCGGGCGAGAAUGAUAUGGAUCAUUUCGUCGCCGGCGAGGAGCCGAUGCUAGAGCUCUUAUUUUCUAACCCAGCUGAGACAAACGGCCCCGCGCAAACGUCAUCAGAGUUAGGAACUGAGGGCUCUUGCGCCCCAUGCUUUGAAUCAAUUAUGCCAACUGUACAAGACGAUGAACCGUUAGGAAACAUUGUCUCUCCGGUAUUCCGCAGUGGUGAACUCUCUCAGUCCAAUCGUGAACCAAUCAGCAAUCCGUUGGCUUUGCUCGCAGAUGCCUCUGAUGCUGCCCAGGCGUUGGAGCUACACUCAGCAUCCGCCAACUCUUCCCCGGUAACAAAUGACUCAUCCUCUGCGAGGCACUCGUCGGCGAACCUGUCAACUGGAGCAAGCCUGGGUCGUCAACUGCUUCACCGGCCGGGUUACGUGUCACUUGGUCUACAACUGAGCAGAGAUACCCUUGAAGCAGGAAUCGAUUCACUGGUCGUUCCUUCUGAACACCCAUAUCGUUAUUUGAACUAUUUCAAAUCGUCUCCACAGGUGCCUCUACGCGAUGUUGGCCCUGAUGUUGACCCAGUGGACCUCGGUCUGGUGACCAUGGACGAGGCCUGUUAUUUGUUUCCAAUAUAUUUUAUCCGUUUGCAUCCUGUCAACGGAAUCCUAGAUCCGAUGCUUCACACUCCAGAUUUUGUGCGUUCGCGGUCGGCUCUUUUAUUCACCUGGAUACUGGCUUUAACUGCACAAUUCGAUCAUGGGUCAGCCUCAGUCGCCAAACGAUUACGCCUUCAUGGUGAAAAGCUCUCGAAACACGUCCAUACCAGUGGAUACAAGUCGGUUGAGAUCGUUCAAGGCUACUAUAUCUCAUUACUAUCAGCCACUCCCGCCGAGACUCUGGCACAGGAGCGCUCGUGGCUGUACACAAUGUAUGCCUUUGGUGUAGCAGCCGAACUAGGUCUAGACCAAGAUUCCCGUGCCAAAGAUGCGCCCCCUCCGAACUCGACCAAUGCAUCCUAUUUUCGAACUCAGGAUACCCCAACACAAUUCUCGGGAAUUGGCUCACGUUUAUCACUAGAGUAUCCUCCAAAAGACCCCAUCGAAGAUCAACGCAUGGCGCGAAAUCGCGAGAGAACGUGGUUAAGGAUUCUACUAUGGGAACGGGCGAACAGUGCAGCCUGUGGUAGAAUACACACUUUCCCGGAAACAGAUUUGACACAAAGUGUCGACAGCUGGUGGCUCCACCACCUGGCAGACCCCACAGACAAGCACACAUGUGCGUUUAUCACUCUGCGACGCAUUCUAGCAUCACUACAGAAUGAACUGAGACAUCAAGCUCAUUUGACACAUGCCGACCCUCAUUGGGUACGAGAAAUGGUUGAUACAACUCUAGGACCCUGGUGCGACCUUUGGCUAUCACAUCCAAUGCCCAAUUUAAUCACAUCACCGUCUGAGAAGUUGUCCAAUAUUUUCCUUCAUUAUGUUUAUCUCCACGGAAGGUUGUGGACCUUGUCAUUUGCCCUUCACGGUUCAAUAAAUGGGGACCAAAAUAUGGAUGCAAUCCGAGCGGAUUGCUUCGAGGCUGCAGUUAACUCAUGCGAGCUCGCUGUGCGCGAUUUGCAUAAUAUUGGGGAGCCUUUAUAUUGCAUGUUGGCUCCGACAUGGGCUAUGAUAUCUUAUGCCGGUGUGUUGGCUUUGAAGCUAUUCCCAGCCUUGUAUGGAUCCCGCGUCGGAAACGACGUGGAACUUCUUGCUUUACUCAGCCAAGUCGCCAUUCAAUUGGAGCGUGCAGGCACAACCCCGCCGCAUCGAUUUGGAAUUGCUGCGUUGCUUGGACAACACCUCAUGAUGAUUCUGAGAGCCAGAGCAGCGGGACUGAAAGACUCAGGUCAACUUGGCCAGACCAGAACGGAUGCGUCGUACACCAACACAGCAUUUGAUGACGGAGUGAGACAGUUUAUGCCACAGCAGUCCCCCCAUUCGAAACCAUACGAGGCUCUCAUCUCGGAUUAUGAUCCUUUCUUGACUACAGCUUCAAUGUCUACCCAGGGGGAUCUGACUGGUGAGGGGUUUGCUGACUUCUUCCGGGAAAUGUUUGGGCCUGGAUUCGGGGGUGUCUUUUGA